AUGUAUCGCUGCAAGCUAACAGGGCUAACUCACAUCUGUGAUAAAAACUGUAACCAGAGAAUUUUGUAUGAUAACCACAGCUCGCUUUGUAGAGCAAGUGGUCAAAUUUUCCCCCUUACACCAGCAGAGGAACAAGCAGUGAGGGGUGUUCGAAGAAAGCUCGAUGCGGAUAAUUCAUCGUCUGAUGGCUGUGGUUUUAAGCGUAGACGGGAGGCACAAUUCCAUACUUCUCCUUUCGAGAGAUCUUUUUCUGCUGUCAGUCCUAUCUGCAGCCAAGUUGGAGAUGGCAUGGAUAUGAGCUAG